AUGGCAUCGUCUUCUGGAGCCUUCUUUACAGCAUUCAAUCCCCAACUUGCUCCAGGAAGCUCACAUAAUAGCCGCUCUAACCUCAUACAACUUACACCUAAGAAGACGCCGAAUUUUCAAAUACGGGGCAUCCACGAAGAUUUUAGUCUGCUUUCCAGUUUUAGCACUCCCAGAAAAUUGAUUAAUUAUGAAACUAAGCAUGGUAGAACCAUGGAUGACAUUUCUGUCCAACACUUUCAGAAGUUGGAACUAUUCAGGAAUGUGCUGAGAACUGUAGCAAAGCUAGAUGCCCUCGAGGGUUUGAAUAUGAUCGAUGCUAUUCAACGGCUAGGCAUCGAUUACCACUUUCAACAAGAAAUCGACGAAAUUCUGCACAAGCAAAUGAGUAUUGUAUCUGCUUAUGAUAAUCUUCAUGAGGUUGCGCUUCGGUUUCGACUGCUGAGACAGCAGGGUUACUUCGUGCCUGACGAUGUUUUUAACAACUUCAAAGAAAGGAAAGGGACGUUUAAGCUUGAUUUGGGUGAAGACAUCAAGGGAUUGAUGAGCUUAUACGAAGCUUCACAGCUAAGAACAGAAGGGGAAGAUACACUUGUUGAAGCUGAAAAGUUUAGUGGUCAUCUGCUGAAGACGUCCCUGUCACAUCUUGAUUAUCAUCAAGCCAGAAUCGUUGGCAACACAUUAGAUAAUCCUUAUCACAAAAGCUUGGCCUCAUUCAUGGCCAGGAACUUUUUUAUUACAUCUCAAGGCACCAACAUAUGGUUAAAUUUGCUAAAAGAAGUGGCAAAAACAGAUUUCAAUAUAGUCCAAUCUCUGCACCAGAAUGAAAUCGUUCAAAUAUCCGAAUGGUGGAAGGAGCUAGGAUUAGCUAAGGAACUGAAGCUUGCAAGAGACCAACCACUGAAAUGGUACAUUUGGUCCAUGGCAUGCCUAUCAGACCCGAAGUUAUCAGAGGAGAGGGUUGAGCUCAUAAAACCCAUCUCUUUUAUCUACUUGAUAGAUGACAUUUUUGAUGUUUAUGGAACCCUUGAUGAACUCAUUCUCUUCACAGAAGCUGUUAAUAGAUGGGAAAUCACAGCUAUAGACCACUUACCAGAUUGCAUGAAGAUAUGCUUCCGGGCUCUCUAUGAUAUGACUAACGAAUUCAGCUGCAAGAUCUAUCACAAGCAUGGAUGGAACCCCUUACAAUCUCUGAAAAUGACGUGGGCAAGUCUCUGCAAUGCGUUUUUGGUGGAAGCAAAAUGGUUUGCAUCUGGGCAGCUGCCGAAGUCAGAAGAGUACCUGAAGAAUGGCAUUGUUUCUACGGGGGUAAAUGUGGUUCUAGUCCACAUGUUUUUUCUCUUGGGUCAAAAUAUAACCGAACAGAGUGUCGAGUUGCUGAAUGGAACUCCAGCCAUUAUAUCGUCGUCAGCGGCAAUUCUUCGACUUUGGGAUGAUUUGGGAAGUGCCAAAAAUGAGAACCAGGAUGGGAACGAUGGGUCGUAUGUGAGGUGCUACAUAGAGGAACAUGAAGGCUGUUCCAUUGAGGAGGCACGAGAAAAGACCAUUAAUAUGAUUUCAGAUGAAUGGAAGAAACUGAACAGACAACUGCUCUCUUCUCAUCCAUUUCCAGCAACAAUUACUUCGGCUUCCCUUAAUCUUGCAAGAAUGGUCCCCUUGAUGUAUAGCUACGAUGACAACCAAUGCCUUCCAUCGCUUAAAGAGUAUAUGAAAUCAAUGUUGUAUGAAACUGUAUCAAUGUACUAAGCUACUGGAGUCGGAUCACAAUGGUGGUCGAGACCAA